AUGACCAGCAUGCAAAUUUCCCCAAGAGAAAUUAUUUUUGAAGGUAAGUUUAUGAUUCAACCUUUUCACACUGCGCUCCACUCGUCGAGGACGUUGAACAAAGUUGUUGUUGUUGUUGUUGAUAGUCUGCUGUUUACCCGUUCACAACUCUACCCGGAACAUACAAUUACCUUAUCAAAAAGUAACCACUGA